UUCACACAAUUUCUGGAGUAAAUUAAGAUUAAGUUUUAGAUUACCAUGCAAGAAAAUAGGUAAAGGGUCUUCCUUGGUAUAAAUGGAUAGAUUAUAGACAAAGAAAGAGAAGAUUUUGGAAGCAAAGAGAGAGAGAGAGAGAGAGAGAAAGAGAGAGGGAGGUGGAGAUGGAUCAUACAAGAGAGGGAUAUGACAUAGAAGUAGAAGGAUCAUUUGCAGGAAUGGAAGAAGAUAAAGAAUUCAAUUCAAUGAGAGAGCCACUUCUCAGGAACAGAAAGAAUACUACUUCACAAAUUGCCAUUGUUGGUGCCAAUGUUUGUCCUAUUGAGAGUCUUGAUUAUGAGAUUUUUGAGAAUGAACUUAUUAAACAAGACUGGAGGUCUAGAAAGAAGAUUGAGAUAUUUCAGUACAUUUUCCUCAAGUGGACACUUGCCCUUCUCAUUGGGUUAGGUACAGCACUUGUUGGCCUUUUCAAUAACCUUGCUGUUGAGAACAUUGCUGGUUUCAAACUUCUGUGGACUAACAGUCUCAUGCUUCAGGACAAGUAUUAUCAAGGAUUUGCGGCAUAUGCUGGUAGCAACCUGAUUCUGGCAAUUGCUGCUGCAGCUCUCUGUGCUUAUGUUGCUCCUGCAGCAGCUGGAUCUGGCAUUCCGGAGGUUAAAGCAUACCUGAAUGGUGUAGAUGCUCCUUCUAUAUUGGCCCCAAGUACACUUUUCAUAAAGAUUUUUGGAUCCAUUUUUGGAGUUGCUGCGGGAUUUGUUGUUGGUAAGGAGGGACCUAUGGUACACACUGGUGCUUGCAUUGCCUCCUUACUUGGCCAGGGUGGUUCUCGAAAAUACCAUUUGACUUGGAGAUGGCUGAGAUAUUUCAAAAAUGACCGGGAUCGGCGGGAUUUGGUUACUUGUGGUGCUGCUGCUGGUGUGGCAGCUGCCUUCCGUGCUCCUGUUGGUGGGGUUCUCUUUGCCCUUGAAGAGGCUGCCUCAUGGUGGAGGAGUGCUCUUCUCUGGAGAACUUUCUUUACCACAGCUGUAGUAGCAGUGGUGUUGAGAGGCUUCAUAGAAUUUUGCAGGACUGGCAAAUGUGGGCUAUUUGGGAAAGGUGGUCUCAUCAUGUUUGAUGUAAAUUCAGGAAAAGCAAUCUACACCACACCAGAUCUUCUGGCGGUUAUAUUCCUUGGAGUAAUAGGGGGUGUUCUUGGAAGUCUCUACAAUUAUUUUGUUGACAAGGUCCUUCGAACUUACAGCAUCAUCAAUGAGAAGGGUCCUUUAUUCAAGAUCAUGCUUGUUGUCAUUGUUUCCCUUCUGACCUCAUGUUGCUCUUACGGCUUGCCAUGGCUUGCACCGUGUAUUCCUUGUCCUCCUAACCUGGCGGAACGAUGCCCAACUGGAGGUCGCACUGGAAAUUACAAGAACUUCCAGUGUCCAGAAAACCACUACAAUGACCUUGCUUCCCUCUUUUUCAACACAAAUGACGAUGCUAUACGAAAUCUAUUAACCCCUGGUAGUGAAAAGAGAUUUCAGUUCUCCACCCUCCUGGUUUUCUUUGCUGCUAUUUACUGCCUUGGCAUCAUUACUUAUGGCAUUGCUGUUCCCUCUGGACUUUUCAUCCCUGUCAUUCUUGCUGGGGCCUCUUACGGUCGCAUUGUCGGAAAGUUGCUCAGUCCUGUCUCUGAUCUUGAUGUGGGUCUCUUUUCACUCCUUGGAGCUGCCUCCUUCCUUGGAGGCACAAUGAGGAUGACAGUUUCUCUCUGUGUCAUACUUCUUGAACUUACUAAUAAUCUGUUGAUGCUUCCACUGAUGAUGCUAGUUCUCCUUAUUUCCAAAACUGUAGCUGAUGCCAUAAACAAAGGUGUUUAUGAUCAAAUUUUGAAAAUGAAAGGAUUACCUUAUAUGGAAGCUCAUGCAGAACCAUACAUGAGGCACUUGGUCGCAAGUGAUGUUGUAUCUGGCAUGUUAGUUACAUUUUCUGGGGUAGAAAAGGUUGAGAACAUUUUAUAUGCUUUGAAAAAAACAGGCCACAAUGGAUUCCCUGUGAUUGAUGAGCCACCGUACACCCAAGCUCCGGAGCUGUGUGGGCUAGUUCUUAGGUCUCAUCUACUUGUGUUGCUUAAAGGGAAGAAAUUUACCAAGCAGAGGGAAAUGACUGGAUCAGGCAUUAGGAAAUCGUUUAGAGCCCACGAUUUUGCGAAAGCAGGUUCGGGCAAGGGUGUGAAAUUGGAGGAUUUAGAUAUCACAGAAGAGGAGAUGGAGAUGUAUGUUGAUCUCCAUCCCAUUACUAAUACAUCUCCAUAUACUGUUGUUGAAACAAUGUCUCUAGCUAAAGCUGCUGUUCUCUUCCGGGAGCUCGGCCUCAGACACUUGUGUGUGGUGCCAAAGACACCCGGGAGGCCUCCGGUUGCCGGAAUCCUGACGCGGCAUGAUUUCAUGCCAGAGCACAUUUUGGGACUCUACCCCCAUAUCAAUCCCCACAAGAACAAACCCAUCGAUGAGAUCUACAGCCUUUGUCAAGAUUGGGCUUCAACAUAUGCAAAAAGGAGUGACCUUUCUUGAUCAACCAUACCAUCUCAUAGUGUUCUAAUCAGCAAAACUCUCUGGAGUCUCUUUGCAAGAUCUUCUAUGGAGGAUUUUAUUCUAGAAUCUUUCAGACAACCAGGAUGUUUAUAUACUUUAUUUAUGAAAUUAGCUCUAGCUUAGUGGUGAAUCUUUUAAACGGAGCAUCAAAGCCCCGCAGGUUCUUUCCUUUCGUAUCAUCUGGACAUAGUCUAGUGGCGACCGCCUUUCAAGUGCAGGGAUGAAAUCUUGAAUUUAAAUCCAAGCUCCUCCAUUACAGACUGUCCUUUAAUGGGCUUCUAUUAUCAUUUGUGAUUAUAAUGAUGUUUUUGAAAAUGUAAAUUCUUUAUAACACUGUUCAGUGUACAUUUAUAAUAUAUAAAAAAUUA